AUGAGGACGCGAAGUCUGAUUUUUACCUUGGGAUCAUGCUGCGUUGCAAGCCUCGCGUCCCCUACUCAGGUUGUACUGGGCACAUCACAGGUUGAACUUCGUAUUAGGCAGCUUCACGGUCGUUUUCUGCACAUCACAGAUAUCCACCCUGAUCCGUUUUAUGAACUCGGUGCAUCCCAAUCCUCUGCAUGCCAUCGACCCAAUUUCAAGGACGAGCGUCCGGCAGGUUACUACGGAACACCUUAUAGCUUCUGUGACUCACCAUUCAGCCUCACGAAUUUCACGCUUGACUUUUUGGAUGAACAUUGGAGCUCUGAAAUCGAUUUUGUAAUUUGGACUGGCGACAAUGCAAGACACGACAACGAUGACGAUAUACCACGAACCCUUGACGAAAUUUAUGACUUGAAUCGCGCUGUAGCUAAAAGGAUGGAACAUGUAUUUUUGAAGAAAGGCAUCCCAGUUGUGCCAAGUUUGGGAAACAAUGACAUAUGGCGACCUAAUGAAAUUAUAGAGGAGUUCUCUUCGAUAUGGAGUGCAUUUAUACCCCCGACGUCAUCAGCAUCAUUUCAUCAAGGAGCAUACUUCUCAACGGAGAUCAUACCUGAUGCGGUGGCUGCUAUCAGCCUUAAUACCUUGUACUUUUAUAAGAAAAAUCACGCUGUUGGAGGAUGUGAUUAUACCGACCCAAAGGACCCUGGAACUAUCCAGCUUGAUUGGCUUGAAGAACAACUGGAGGCAUUCCGACAUGUACCUCCAUCUAAAGCGAACUACUUUUCUGAAUGCUACCCCCGAUUCGUAGAGUUGAACCUGCGAUUCCAAGACACGAUUUUGGGUAAUUUGUAUGGGUUCUCUUUCUUGGACGCUGAUGAGAUCAACAUGUCUUCGAAGACCUCGUCACACGGUACACUCUUUGAGACGCUCAUCGCUGAUUUUUCGGAGAUACCGGCACCCCUCGAGGAUACUCGCUACGACGACUAUGCAGUGGUGAACGUCAACGCUGCCAUUGUACCAAAUCCCUACAUUCCAUCCUUCCGAAUUUUUACGUAUAAUAUCACUGGACUAUCGACACUCACGAAGGAUAUCAGCUCUGAUCCAUAUCUUCAAACGAUAAAGGCCACUCAGCGGCGACGUGCCUUGAACCAUGAGCAAGUUCGCACAUUCAAGAAGCCGAAGUGUGAACACAAGAAGUUCCGUAACGCGUGGAGGUGCCAGCCUCAUAAACUCUGGCACUCCGAUAGCGAAUCGCCAUCAAGGCGCAACUCGCUGUGGUCGCCUCUAGGGUUCGCACAGUUUUACAUGCCAAGACUGGAAGAGUUCGAUCAGACCCAUGAUCCAGAGUUCGAACUCGAGUACAUGACCUUCCCUAUUUCAAGCUUGCACCCCGAUGAGCAAACACAGAAUAUCACGAGUCACCAAUAUAUUAUUCCUCUUCAACUUCUCCCAGAAGAACUUCGCGAGCCUGGUGCUGUGGAGUCAGAGUACACGCCUUACGAGUUGAAUGACUUGACCAUCCCAUCGUGGUUGGAUCUUGCCACGAGGCUUGCGAAGAACAAGGAACUUCGAUUAAGGUUCAAGGAGUUCAUGUACAUGGGCGGUGUGGAGGAAUGA